AUGCCAUUUGGAAUAAGUCUUCUACAGAGAGAAAACCUGUUACGAGUAAGUGGAGAGGAAAGAUCUCCAGAGAUUCUUAUCUCAUUCCAUUGCAGUGGCUCAACCAAUAACCAAUGGCGAAAACUCAAAAAUCCAUGGUUUCCCGGUAGAACCCUAUUUCGCCCAAGUUGUUAUAGAACUGGAAAAAAGAAGCGAUUUUUCGCACAGCUUGCUCAUAGUGCAGGUCCCACUUGUAUAUUGUAUUUGGCCAAAAAAGCAUCGGACAGAUUGGAGUUCUUACCUUCUUGGGACUCCAUGGACCAAGAUCUGUUUUUAUUAUAUGGGCAAUACCAAUCUACUUGA